AAAGUCUCCGUCCAAGCUAAAGUCUCCGUCCAGCUUGGUCUCUGCGCCUGAAUUCGACGCACAUCAAUCGAUAUCGAUGGAUCGAUGAAGCUCAGAAUGCCUCUCGAGACGUACGGCCUGCUGGCGGUGGCCCUAGCCGACGCCGUGAUCACUGUGACAGCAGCAGGCUUUGACCUCCAUGCAGUGCUGCGGAGCAAAAUCGCGCUGACGACGCUGGCAUUGAUGCUCAUUCGCGCGGUGCUGGCCUCAGUAACCGCCCACGUCGAACAGCUGCACCCGGCCGCCAUCGUCGUCGCCGUCGCCUCCGCGACCGCCGGCGUCGCCGCGGCGUCGCUGCGCAAGUUCUACGUCAUCGACGCGUGGGCUUUGGUUGGUGCCAUCAUAGAAAUAGGAGUGCUGACGCGACGACGACCGAAACCAGAGGAAGCGAUCGACGUCGCGCCGUGGGCAGAAUACCUCCGCGGCGCGCCGCCGGUCCUCGACUGCCCACGGCAAACGGAGGAGCUCGCAUCGCUCGAGACUCAGAUCGAUGACGACUCUCUGAUAGCGGCCUUCGUCCGAGUAAUAGCGCACCACGCGCGCCAGGACGAAGUUGUGGUCGGCGUCUUCGACGACGGGCGCUGGACGCCUUUACGGAUAGCGUGCGACCGCAAUCAAUCGGUCAGGACGCUCGUCGAGAACGUGAGAGCGGCUCGUACAAUGACGGCGGAUUUUGGAAGAGCGCCUUCACCAAACAAGAUUGCGACGGCUCUUGGACAUGAACCUUUCCAGGCGGGCGUCGCGCUCGCGAAGCCGCCUCCAAAUGCUCUGGACGUCCUGGUCGUCAAGACCAAGUCCGGCUUCAGAACGACGAAGCGCCUCGCGGACCAGCUCGAGACGUAUCUUAGAGCGUCUGGCGACGACGUCGCGUCAGAAGUAUCGCUCGUCGACGACGUUACUAGAAGAAAGAUCCUGGCGCUGGGCGACGGCCCGAGUCCGCCCUGGGAUUCUCAUACAACAGUGUGGGACCGCAUGCUCGCGUGUGGCGACGGCACGGCGUUGUUGGACGUCAAUACCUCGACGCAAAUUACAUAUGAUCAAUUUCACAGAGCUUCACGAUUCAUUGCGAACUCGAUAGAUUGUCAACCGGGAGAUAGAAUAGCCAUUGUGAUGCGACGAUGUCUCGCCCUACCGGCAGCCGUCUACGGUGUUCUGGGCGCGGGCGGCGCUUAUGUGCCCGUCGACCCCGACUAUCCUCACGAGAGGAGAAGGGCCAUCUUCGAAGAUAGUGAACCGGUCGCCGUCGUGCUUACUGCAGGACUGGAGGACAAGGUGCCCUUGCAACUACCGACAAUUGUCGUCGACGAUUCUAUCUACGACGCCGCCGUCACACCAGUAAUACAAACACCACCAACACCCCAAGACUGCGUCUACGUGCUCUUCACGAGCGGCACGACGGGACGACCGAAGGGCGUGGCCGUGCCGCACCUGACGUUGGCGCGGCGCGUGGCCUGGUUCCAGCGGCGCUACGGGGCGCAGCUGACCGGUCGUAGCACACCGCGGGACGGUUCAUAUGAAGACGCGAGCUUUCAUGAGAGUAGAAGGAAGCUCGGCUGCGACCGAGGUGUGGUACUGCAAAAGACGCCCUUCGUCUUUGGCGUGAGCGAGUGGGAGCUCUUCUGGCCCCUGACCGUCGGUUCGUGCCUCGCCGUGCCUCCUCAUGGCAUCGAGCGCGACCCGUCAGCCUUAUUGCACGCGUUACAAAACGUCACGGUGGCGUUUUUCGCGCCCUCGCAAUUGGGUGCCAUUCUAGAAGUCAACGAGAGCGCUUCGUUGCAGUCGUUGCGCUUGGUCGUGUGCUGUGGCGAGGCUUUACCACCCUCAGUGGUAACCCAGUGUUCGACAGAAGCGCCGCGCGCGUUAUUGGCGAAUGUUUAUGGCCCUACGGAAGCGGACAUCACGUACUGGGAGGCGCCGGCGCCGCGCGGCGUCGGCUGCGUGCCUCCUCCUAUUCAACAAGUGCCCAUCGGCCGCGCCGUGGACCACGUGCGCGUCGUCGUGUUGAAUAGUAGUAAAGACGACGUCGCGGCGCUCGGCGUGCCCGGUGAGUUAGCAUUUAUUGGAGACGUCGCGUUCGGCUAUUUGAAUAAUACUGAAGCCACAAACAAGGCCUUCAGCAAGGCCCCGCCGAAGCUAGCUCGAAACGAAUCGGAUCGCAUGUAUCGAACCGGCGACGUCGUCCGAUACUGUGGUAACGAGUUGCGGUUUCUGGGGCGACAGGACCGCCAGAUCAAGUUGAGAGGUUUAAGGAUCGAGUUAGGCGAGAUCGAAAGCAAACUUAAUCAGAUACAAGGUGUGAAGGAAUCGGUUUGUACGACGACCGGUGAAGGCGCGGCGAUGGCGCUAGUAGCCUACGCUAGAACUACUUUGGAUAGCGAUAUUCUACGCGAGCAACUCGCUUCAUCAUUACCGAAGUACAUGGUGCCUUCACAAAUCAUCUGCGUCUCCGAAUUCCCGCGCACCGAUAGAGGCAAACUUGACCUGAAGAAACUGCCUUCUGUAAAGCGUCAUGCAUCAGAGAAGCCUUCAUCAGAAUUGGAGGCGUCCCUCGCCACGAUCUUCGCGGAGGUCCUCGGUAUAGAUAGUGUAGGUGUUGAUGACGAUUUUGAAACAUUAGGAGGAAAUUCGUUACUCGCGGGCCGGGCCACGAACCUGAUACGGAGGCGUGUGGAGGGUGCAUCAUCAAUACCGGGGACGACUCUCUACAAACAUCCCACUGUUAAAAGCCUCGCGCGCGUCAUCACUGAAGAACGGUCGCGCCACGUCCAUGACGUGCCCGUGCCAUUAGUCCCAGAUACGACGUAUCAUGCUCGAGACCCGACGCGUUGCGUAUCACUAUUGAUUCAAAUUCUGGGAGUCAUCACGGUCCUCGGUAUGAGAUACAUGGACUGGCCGGCGUGGUACGUCUUGUGGUACCUGUACCUGUGGCUGCCCAAGGUUUAUGUGUUCGCUUGUGUUCCGCUCUUUCUCGCAUUGACGGAUUUCGGGGCUUUUAUCUUUGCUUGGGUGGUGCAGAGGGUCCUGCUCGGUACUACAACCAAGUAUCGAGAGCAAUGUAAAAAGCAAGCCCCAUUGUGGUCCCUGCAGCACCUCAAGUGGUGGCUCGUCGCUCAGAUCCAAAGCAUCGUCACGCAGAGAUUGGAGAGGGUCCUGCACGGUACAAGAUUAAUGAACGUCUACUAUAGCGCGCUCGGCGCGUCCAUAGGAAAGGACGUCGUCUUGGAAGGCAGGUUGGCGGACCCGCCCCUCGCAACGAUCGGUGAUCGAUGUACCAUAAGAGCGGGGGCCGAGAUCGACGGCCACGCCAUGUGCAAAGGUAGAUUAGUGAGGCGUUCUACAAAAAUAGGAGAAGAUUCAUAUGUGGACCUCCACGCCUACGUCGCGCCCGGGACGAGCGUACCAGCUAAUGCUGAAGUAGGCGCCCUCUCGACGACGGACAAAGUCGGCUCGAGGGUUACUACAUUAAACAGACCCCGGGACCCCUUCGACGCUAUGGAAAGGAAACGAUUGCUAAAUAGAAGGACAUAUCUCGGUGUGCCCAUCGCCUACAUGUUACAAGCCCUACCUUACAUACCUUUUGUUUACUUUCUGGAGUGGUGGUUUUACUUUUUGUUACAAGAACGAAGGGGCCACCUGACGUGGCCGAAGGCGUCGUGGCUGUUCUGGUUCGCUUAUCCUUGGGUCUGGCGGAUCGGUUUCCACGAGUUCUACUUUUGGACUGUUGUCAUUUACAAGUGGGUGUUUAUUGGUAGAUUUUCGGAGAAACGUGAUGAGAAACCUCUGAGGCGAUGGCUGCUCGAACGGUUGGUCGAAGCGGAGGCCUUCGAGCAUUGUUUGAAGCCCUGGGUCUCGACCGAAUUGUUGUGCUGGCGCUACCGGUUCCUUGGUUGUAAGAUCGGGAGACGGGUGCACGCCGACUUCUUCCGAUGUGUGGAAUUUGACUUAGUAACUGUCGAGGACGACGUCGUCUUCGGAAGCCUGGUUAGAUUAGCUCCUAGAGCGGACGCCCACUUGCAUGGUAAAGCUGAGAGGAUCGUUGUGAGGCGAGAGGCGAAUGUGUUGGACCACGCGUUAGUGCUUCCUGGUUGUGUUGUGGGGGAAAGAGCAGUAUUAGGAACGUUCUCGCUGGGAGCGGCGCGCCAGGUAUUUCAGCCUGGAAGUGUAGCCACGGGAAAUAAAAAGGGGCAGGCCGUCGUCUUGCGAAAGCGGCCCGAGCUUCCCUCGGGAACUACACCGUUAGCGCUGCUCGAAGCGGAAGCGAGAAGGCGUCAUAAGAGCAUAAGGUGGACUUUACUGUGGAAUACGGUCAACAUACUCGUAGCUGCUAUUUUAUAUCCUUUACGGGACGUCUUCGAAGUGUGCAUCAUAAGCUGUGGAUACAUGCUCUACUUCUACCUGUCGUGGGACGGGUACUACGCUUAUUUAGGCUGCUUACCUUUGUUAAGUGCGGUGACGGCGCUGUUACAUUGUGUCCUCGUAGUACUACUAAAAAAGCUCAUAGUGGGAAAGUUCACAAAGGGCGACCACGGCUUCUACUCGCGCUACCACUUCUGCUGGGCCUUGAUGAUGACGCUCUUAGCGCCCGUCUAUCCGCUCAUCGAGGCCAUGCACGGUACUGUAUUGGCGGUGUGGUUCUAUCGCGCCAUGGGGGCUUCAAUUGGUCAUAGAGCGUGCGUCCACGGGAAAGCGUUGGAGUUUGAUCUGUUGCAAGUGGCCGACGGCGCGUCGAUCGGACGCUUGUGUGAUACGACGUGCCAUACGGUGGAGAACAUGGUGAUCAAGCUCGCCGACGUGGCCAUCGGCCGCGCCGCGGACGUCGGCGCGCGGUCGGUGGUCAUGCCGGGCGCCUCAUUGGGCGACGGCGCUUCCUUAUUACCGCACUCGCUGGUGCUCAAGGGCGAGGCGGCGCCCCCGGGGUCGACCUACGCGGGGCUGCCCGCGGAGGCCGUCUCCCUCGACGCGGCGCCGAACGCGGACGCGGACGCGUCGGCGCCCCUGCUUGUGUGAUUUUUGACAUAAUUACCA